CUCAUUAUCCGCACUUUAAAAAAGAGCACAUGUACAACCUUGAUAAAAUGGAUAAAAACAAAACUGACAGCUGUGUAAAAAUUCGUGUUUUUUGUUUUUGUUUCACGUGAUAAACAAAUAUCAGGUCCCCUAUAAAUUAAAAAAAAUAAAACAAAGCCAUGCCUACAGAAACAAUAAAAUGUGCAAAAGUAAAAAUAAUACCAACGAUUGAGUUGGUAGAAUUUAUCAAACUUAACUCAGAGGAUAUUGAAGAAUUGCCAGAAACCUUAAAAUCACUUUGUUCAACAACAAAUAAAUUAAAAUCUAAAAUCAAAACUAAACAAAAUGAUUUUAUAGAAGAAUUGGAAGAAGAUGAUACUAAACACAAUGAAAAUACAAUUUCUUUGAGUUUAUAUGAUUUUUAUUUAUUGAAAAAGAUUUUAAAUGAGUUGAGAGCGAAAAAUAAAACCGAUCGCUAUGCAUAUGAAUUUUUGGAAAACUGUGACGUUAUUUUACCUGAAAACGAAAUUGUGCCCCGAAACCAAGCUUUAGAAAAGAGAUGUGAAAAGUUAAGAGCCCAGCAAGCAAAUUCAGCGUAUAUGAAUAUAACAAAGAAUGUUGACUUGAGUAUCAAACAGAGACAUGAAGAUUCAUUUGCUUAUCAAUUGAAGGAAGUCAACCGCCAAGUGAUUGCAGUGGUCCAGUUCGUGUGUUCUGUAAUUGCAGGUUUCGUGUUUGGAUUUUUAGGAAUUGAGUUAAUUGUUGGAAAUCUGGACUUUGGAUUCCGUUUAUUACUGGGAAUAAUGUGUGCACUUAUUAUAGCACUGGCUGAAAUUUACUUUUUGGCCAAAAAACUUAAUGAAUGUGAAGAUAUGUUUUCACAAAAAGUAAAACGAGAUUAAUUUAAAAUUUUUUAUUUAUAAAUAUAUAAAAAGCUUGCAUCUUUAAUAAAAGAAAACAAAAUCAUUUCAUCAAUUUAUGAA